AUGACGAGCAAUUACAUAAUUGGAGCUUCAUCAGUGAUAAGCGGUCUAAUCAUUAUCGCUUCACUUAUAAUGGUUGGAAUUCUUUAUCAGGAUAUGAAUACUCUUUACAAUGAUAUUAUGGAUGAAAUGAUCGAAUUUAAAUUAUUGGCAAAUGACGCUUGGAAGGAAAUGAUUAUGAUCACUAAUGGAGAUUUGGUAUUCGGCACACCGAGCACAAAAAACUUCGCAACGUUAUUUGGCCGCGAAAAACGGCAAGCAAGCUGCAACUGUGCGACCCGAGCAAAUAGCUGCCCAGCGGGUCCACCCGGACCACCGGGAGUUCCAGGUGCACGUGGAGAAGACGGUGCACCUGGAGAAAUGGGAAUUCCAGGGGGAAUUUGGGGAUCAACCACGGCUGGAGGAUCCACAGGUUGCAUUAAAUGCCCAGCAGGACCACCGGGACCUCCAGGUGCUGAUGGACCGCCAGGACCCCCUGGACUGCCUGGCACAUCAGGAAGACAAGGAUUUGGCGGAGGUGCGAGAGGACCGCCAGGUCCACCGGGACUUCCUGGCGAUCCUGGACCAAUUGGACCACCAGGACCUAUGGGACCACCAGGAAUGCCAGGACAAAGUGGAUUCUCUGGGCGAUCAUUACCUGGACCAAAAGGACCGCGUGGACCAAUGGGAAACCCAGGAAGACCUGGUGCAAGUGGACUGCCCGGCGGGCGCGGCCAGCCUGGAGCAAUGGGACUUCCUGGCCCAAGUGGUAGUCCAGGUAGUCCUGGGCCAGACGGGCAGCCUGGCACGCCAGGAACUUCCGGUGUCCCUGGUGGCGAUGCAGCAUAUUGUCCAUGUCCACCUCGCAAUAUUGCUUUAUUGCGUAAGUGA